AUGAACUCUAUGAACUCUGUCCCACCACCGGGCUCCAUCCUCACGGGAAAGCAGGAACACUACCUCAAGCGCGAGCUCAUAUCCUUCCAAACCACAUGGGAGAUCAGCGAGCUCUCACAUCCCACCGCUCUCCAGCGUUUCGGCGCUCCAUUCCGAUCAGACGCAGGCGAGGUUGCUCCCGAGAACUCGGAGCUGCCAUUACUACGAUACAUCUUUGUCAAACAUGUGCGCAAUUUCCCGUUCCUCAACCAGGCGAAAGAGCAUGAAUUCUGGCAGGACAAGCUGCAGGCUUUCCUGGAAAGCUUUGCAAAUAAGCACAUCUCCUCCGCGCAGGACAGACUCGAGCAGACAAAGCGUGCGAAGCUGGCGGGGAAGGCGACGAAGUUGGUCGAGUUGAUGAUGGUGUCAGGUAUACCUACGGCUUCUGGAUAUGAGGAACGCAUACGAUUCUCGGAGAUGGAGGUUGUGGAGCGCGGCGCGAACGAGGACGGGCUUGUGGUCAACGUACCGGAAGGACAUGUCAUCAACGGGUGGGAUGUGAAUGUUGCUGGUGUACGCCUGGUCAGUGUGAAGCGUCAUGUUCGGACACACAAGCACGCCGAGUUUCUGCUGCGGGUGAAGCAUGGCGAUGAGCCAGAGAUCUAUGUGGCCCGACGAUUCGGUGACUUUGCGAAAAUGCACAAGAAGCUUCGUCUGGAAUUGCCGGGCAAGGUUCUGCCUCCGUUGCCGAACAAGAACAAGACGGGCUCAGUGUACAGCGCGGGUGGGGACGAUGAUUCUGAUAGUGUCUCGUCGGUGUCGACCGUCAACACCACGCCUCCAACGACUGAAGCUGCGCCGGCUGAAUCAGGCGGCUUCCGAUCAUACCUGUCCUCCUGGACAGGAGGCAGUGGUUCCGGUAAACAUAGUCGCAGCACCUCUCGUACAUCGCUUACCGCUCCGACAGCUUCGCCUCGCGCCUCUAUGGAAUCCUCUUCCCGGCUGACGAAAGGCCUUACGAAACCCUCCCAACGAGAACGAUCUCCGGACGUGAUCCUUCACCGAGAAGAGCAACGAGUGUCGUUGCGAGCAUUCCUGAGAAACUUCCUGCAGAACGAAACGAUUGCGAGCUCCAGAGCAAUGGAGGAGUUUCUUACUGCCACCCCCAUAACGAUCAACGACGACGAAAUGAUGGACAUUGUCAAACGCAAGUCGAUGGACGAGAAGCGUAUGGAAGAGCAACGACGAUUUUUCGAGGUUGCGAGGAAGCGAGCGCAGGAGCUUGAUGUGCACAUGGAGAAAUUCAGGCGCAGUGUUGUGGAAAGAGACGGGCUGCGGACAUUGUUCGCAGAGAUCAAGAAGAAGGAGCAUCUCAAGGAUCUGGAUCCAGAGUACAAGAAGUUCGCAGAAUGGCUUCGUAUUGAAGUCGCUGCCACGUUGUACCAUCUGUUCCUUGCGGAGGAUAAUUCGCCGGACUUGUUCGCGCAGGCAAAGCGGAUACACAGUCUGGUGCCUUACUCGGCGUUGAAGCAGGUCAUCCGCUUCACUAAUCCGGCAGCUGUCAUGGCUAGUGUCCUUGAUAUCUUUAUGGCUCAACCGCUAGGAUCGAAGUCGCUGCUGCAACGAAUUUUUGGGCUGGCGCUGGGCGAUGGUAUCCGCACUCUCCAGCGGUCGAUUGAUGCGCUCACAGCCAAGAUUGAUGAGCCAAUCUUGACCGGCAAGAUUAGAAAUUACACCGAGAGCGACUUUGAGGUCAAGCAGAAGCUGCGAGAAGAGUCGGCUGCGGAACAGGUCGACCUCCUAGUGAAGGUCUUGCAAAGCGAUGACAUUGCGCCGGCCCUCACAAAUGAGCAAAUUGGUCGCGUCUUCAACGCCUACGUCGCAUGGAACAAUGCCGUGGACAAUGUCGAUGAGGAGAUGCGACAAGGUGCCGAACUCUUCGCCCGCCUGAAGUCCCUACUCAAGCUCCAUACCCGCCUUCGCGACAAGAAGAUGAUGCUCGAAAUGAUCGAGGAAGCCAAUACCCUCCGCCUGUUCCGCGACCUCUUCUCGAUCUUUUACGAACCACUCGUCCGCGUCUACAAGUCUGCGAACGUUUACAACAGCGUGACUGACUUUGCACGAUUCGCCGACGAUGCCAUUGCCACAAUAGAGAAAGCUCAACGACAAGACGUCUCCGCCGACCCGAACCAGACUGUGCAGUCCUUUAUUGACCUCUGCGAACGGCACGAAGACGACCUCUACAAGUUUAUUCACGAAGUCCACAUUCACGAUAAUGGCCUCUUUGACAAGCUCAUGACCUGGAUCGAAGGCAUCCUCGACUUCCUCCGCAACGGGCCGAAGGGAGGCAAACUGGACAUGAACGCUCUCUUCCAAGGCGCCGUCGACUCGAACCAAAUCGACCGCAAUCUCGCUCUUCAAGAGAUCAAUUCCCUCAUCAAAUGGCAAACAGCGCGAAAACGAUGGCACUCCGACAAGACCCGGCAGAAGAUGGCUUCGGCAGGAGGCGACUCGUCCGACAUGGGCGGACUCGCGGCAACGUUCAAACCCAGCGACUUUGGCUUGAAUCCACAGGACCUGCAGGAUCUGGACAUGGGCGAUGAGGAUGAUGACGAGGAUAGUGAGUCGGAGGACGACGACGGCGAGGACCCGAUUGGAGCGGAGAGGAAGCGCAGGCAGAAGAGGCAGGACAUGUUGAAGAGGACCGCAGGCGAGCCGAUCAAGCCUGAGAUCCAGGAGUUGCAUAAGAUGAUGCCGUCCUUUUUGGCGAUGUUGAGGAUGACGUUGGCGGAGUAG